UCAAUAAGCUGGGUACUUGGUAACUUUAAAUUUACUAAUGCGAGGAAUCGGGGAGGAAAGAUCAAGAUGGCGCAAGCUUCUGCACUGCUGUUUAUCAGUGCUAGCUUUGUCCUCACGGUUCUGACGAUAGGGAAUGCAUUUGUGCAGAAAAAACAGUUCUACCCUUCAGUUGUAUAUAUAACUAAAAGCAGUCCCUCUAUGGCGGUGAUGUAUAUCCAGGGCCUUGUAGCAGCUUAUAUAAUGUUCCACCUAGCUAGAAAAUUAUUUUUUGGGCAGUUGAGGGCCGCAGAAACUGAGCAUUUGACAGAGAGGACUUGGCAUGCUAUUAUGGAAACAUGUCUUGCGUUCACUGUUUUUAGAGAAGAUUUUUCGCCCAGAUUCGUUAUGCUCUUUGUUUUACUGCUUUUCGUAAAAUCCUUUCACUGGCUAAGCGAGGAUCGAGUGGAUUUUAUGGAACGGAGUCCAAUUAUUACCCUUCUUUUUCAUGUAAGGAUGAUAUCAUUGUUGGCAUUUCUGAGCAUGUUGGAUAGCUACUUUGUUUCACAUGCGUAUUUUACUACUCUUUUAAAAGGAGCAUCAGUUCAAAUUGUUUUUGGAUUUGAGUAUGCUAUAUUAAUGACAACGGUUCUUCAUGUCACGAUCAAAUACAUUUUACACAUGCACGAUUUACGUAGAGUUCAUCCUUGGGAAAACAAAGCAGUUUAUCUCCUCUACUCUGAAUUGAUUAUCAAUUUGCUUCGUUGUUUGCUCUAUGUGGUAUUUGUUGCUAUAAUGAUUCGCUUGCACACUUUUCCACUGUUUUCUAUCCGUCCGUUAUAUCUCUCAAUCCGUGCUUUUCAUAAGGCCGUAACGGACGUCAUACUUUCUCGCCGAGCCAUUCACGCGAUGAAUAAUCUUUUCCCCUUAGCAACUGAACAAGAGCUCGCGCAAGGAGAUAACACGUGUAUCAUAUGUCGUGAAGAAAUGACUGUCGCAAGUGGGCCAAAGAAGUUGCCUUGCAAUCACAUAUUUCACUCUAAUUGCCUUCGGUCGUGGUUUCAGCGCCAACAAAGUUGUCCAACUUGUCGAACUGACAUCUUAGCUCAGCGUCGUACGACUCCGACUGCAGCAGCACCCCCACCAAGGGCCGAAGCAGCCCCUGGCCAACCACGUUUUGCACAGGUUCCGCCUCCUGUUGUUCCCGAAGUCCCUCCUAAUUUACUACCAUUCAUUGCCCAUCAUUUCGGUUUCCCUCCCCCUCCACAACAGCAACCGGGCUUCAGAGAACAACAAGACGGGCAAGGCGAAAAUUCACAGUCAGUCCCAACAACAUCUGCUGGAGCAUUCUCAAGCAACACCGAGGGCUCUUCCAGUACAAAUGCUUCAAACUCCUCAGUAUUUCCGCCCCAGGCAUCUUGGAUGUUCCCCAAUUUUCCCUUUGCGCAAACGCAAAAUCCGUUAAUGAUGUUUCCUCCUCCACCACCUUUCGUUUUCCCAACUCCACCGUCUUUCAGUGGGCUUACAGAUACAGAAGUUGCUGCAAUGGAAGGAAGAGAAAGAGCUGCAAUAGAAGCACGAGUAACUUGUCUGCGUAAUAUAGGAGUCCUUUUGGAUGCUGCUGUUGUGCAGCUGCAACAGUACUGCAGCGUUGUUCAGUCUCAUAGUGCAUCCACAAGUGGUAGUACAACCGGAGAGGCUGUAUCUAGUGAAAGUUCUCUUCAAAAUAAGCCCUCGGCAAAAGCAGACGCUCCAGGACCUUCCGGCUCAAAACCUGUAGUUCCUGGAAAUGAACAGAGGGAAGAGACCAAAUCCCAUGCUACUCUGCCUACUGAACAAGCUACUCUUUCUUCUAGCGCAGAUAUGAGCGAAAUAAGACAGAGACGAGUACAGAAAUUUGCUGGGAAAGCAGAACGCUCAGGAUCUGAUGAGGACGAAAGUCAAAGUUUGAAUAACACUGGUGGUCGUAAUGGUCCCGAGGCUAGCUAA